GCCAGUCAACGCGUUACACAGCCGGACGAGCUGGACAGCUUCACGUAGAACGCGCACGUGAAAUUUGUGAGUCAAUGAAGUUGCUGAGGAAAACAGUCGGUUAUGGAACAAUUGUUGCCGGAUUAACUGGUAUUACAGUUGGUUUUGUGUACGGACCAGAAGAACUGAAACGUAGAAUAACUUCUAAUGGCCUAGUACGAAUAGCGAGGGCCGCUCGAACGGUGAUUGUUAUUAGUUAUGACUACAAAAGGACACUUUGGAGAAUUGACAAAAGUUCAAGUAAAUAUUCAGAACUCAGAUCUCAGGUUCAUCUGAGAUCUGCUGAGAGUUUGCGAGACUUAUGCUGUGUCAAUGGAGGAGCGUAUAUCAAAGUGGGUCAGUAUGUGGGGUCCUUAGAUUACCUCUUGCCCACAGAAUAUGUACAGACCAUGAAGGUGCUUCACAGUGAUGCUCCACAGAGCCCCCUCAGAGAUAUCUAUCAUGUUUUGGAGGAAGAACUGAACUGUAAAGUAGAUAAAGUUUUUGCUAGUUUUGAAGACAAGCCCAUAGGGGCUGCAUCACUUGCACAAGUUCACAAGGCAACACUGCAUGAUGGCAGAGUUGUGGCCGUCAAAGUACAGCACAGAGAUGUUCAAAAGCAUGCUGCUGUUGACAUGGCAACACUUGAGAUUUUAGCUGUAGCAGUUUCAUGGUUGUUUCCUGAGUUCAAGUUUAUGUGGCUUGUAGAAGAAUCCAAGAAACAUCUCCCUCUUGAGCUCGACUUUGAGCAUGAGGGGCAAAAUGCAGAAAAGAUCAUGCAAUUCUUCAAGAAAUUUUCAUUUGUUAAAAUUCCAGAAGUUUACUGGCAGUUUUCAACCAAGCGUGUGUUGACAAUGGAAUUCUGUGAUGGGGGAAAGGUGGAUGACCUACCAUAUAUGAAGUCUCACAAGAUUUCAUCUGAUGAGAUUGCCCACAAGCUUGGCCUCCUUUAUAGUGAGAUGAUAUUUGUUAAUGGUUAUGUGCACUGUGACCCUCACCCAGGCAACAUUCUUGUGAGGCGGGAUCCUGGCAAUGGGGUGGAGGUUGUCUUCCUUGACCAUGGCUUAUAUCAGACUUUAUCCAAUGAAUUUCGGAUCGACUACUGCAAAAUGUGGCAGUCGCUAAUCGAAUCAGAUCUGGAGGGAAUCAAACAGAGCAGUAAGAAGUUAGGUGUGGAAGAGAUGUAUGGACUUUUGGCCUGUAUACUGACAGCGAGGUCCUGGGACGUAGUCACAACAGGAAUAGACCAGGGACCAGUUACUGAUGAUGAGGCUGAGCUUAUCCGAGUGAACGCGGCGACGUAUGUAACCGAGAUAACGGAGCUGUUGAACCGUGUUCCCAGGCAACUGCUGUUACUGUUGAAAACAAACGAUCUGCUACGGAGUAUAGACUACAGGUUGAACACCAGCGCCACAUCGCGCUCGUUCAUAACAAUGUCACGCUGCUGUAUUCGCGCUGUAACCAAGAAACGGCUAGAAAAUUGCCACGGCUGGAUGGAGUGGGUCCGAAUUCAAGCAGAUUCUACCAUAAACCAUCUAAGAAUUUCGUUAUAUCAGAUGUACGCUUCUAGUGUUGUUUCGUCGUUAAGAGGACUUUUAACAAGACUUCUGGGUGGAUUGCCGUUUCUUUGAUGACUAAAUUCAUAAAGUCCCUAAAAUAUUUUUUGAUAAAUAUUUAUCGACAAACCUCAAAUACUAAUUUAAAAUCUAAUUGGGUGUUCAUAUUUAAUGAAAUUUGGCAGAUUUUUAAAUUCAAAGACUAUGUUUGUGUUCUGAACUUAGCCAUUCGUUUUCUUUUCUUUCUUUCGUUGUCUAUAACUUUUUCGAUUGAAGUUUGAAAUGCAUCUAAAAGUUGUGGACGAGUCUGUAUAAACUGGAAAAAUAUAACGACACGAGUCGCUGAAUUAGUGAAAGGAUGAAAGAAUAAAGGUGGCGAGUUUCUU